GAAUUAGCAUCACAUCAAUCAUGAGAUGACUGUUGAAUCAAUGAAUGCCAACUCAUUUGACCCAACACUUGAUUCCUAUGAUUACUGCAUUCAUUGGUAAUAAAUGAUGUCAACGAUCAAGCGUUUGGUGCACUGGUUCCACACCAUAUCGGCGGUCAUAUUCAUCCAUUUGGGUUCAUGUGUGACGCCUUCCCUCAUACCUGAGAUGAUUAAUGACAAUCACAGGACUAAUUGGACGAACACUAUCUCCUGUCCUAAACAGUGCUUCUGUUCCCUUCAGCUCUCUAUAUAUUCGGGUGAAUUGGUUCAGGCGGUCAACUGUUCCUUUCAAUCGAUGAGUUCGAUCCCAAAAUCAAUACCAUUGGACACGGAAUCGCUUGGAUUAACAUAUAAUCUAAUUGAAGAUCUCUAUGAAAAGUUCCCGGCUUUCGAUCGCUUACAGGAACUGUAUUUGUCUCACAAUCAGAUCAAUCAUUUAGGAAGAGGACAAACAUUUUGCAACUUAACUCAUCUCAAACUUCUUGACAUCUCUCAUAACAAAUUCCGCACAUUAUUUGCUGACGUGUUUCGCGGACUUAAACGCCUGGAAGUGUUGGAUCUGAGCAAUGGUCACAUCAAAUACAUCGACGAACACGCCUUCGACGGCCUCGAGAUGCUCAAGGAAUUGAAUAUUGAAAACAAUCAGUUGUCGUCCAUUUAUUUAGAGCUCUUUCAAAGUAUACUCAAUCUUAGCGUGCUGAACGUCGGGGGCAAUAGUAUCAGUCACUUAACGGGCGGUAUAUUCGCGUCGAUGACAGGCCUCAGAAAACUAGUUCUCUGGCGGAACCGAAUCGUCAGUAUUAAUGAUAACGCGUUCGUCGGCUUAGAGCUGUUGGAAGAGCUAUACCUCAACGACAAUCACUUAACUCGCGUGCCAUCGAUAGCACUGCAGUCGCUGAAGAGGAUAAUCACGAUUAAUAUGGACUCCAAUCCGUUGGAACAGUUGUCUACCGGCGACUUCGUUCACAUCCCCGUCAAUCACAUUAGUGUCGCUAAUUGUAAGCAAUUAGUGCUCAUCGAUAAGGGAGCCUUUUGGGACUUACCUAAUGUCAACACAAUCCUAUUGCAUUCCAACCCCAACCUCCAAUACAUCGACUCCCAGUCCUUCCUGGGGGUCCCACUCCUCCAUACUCUUCAGUUGCAUGAGUGCGGACUCAAGACUUUCCAACACGACAUUAUCGACUACGUCCACAAUGACCAACAGUUUCACAGCAAACACAAACUCAAAGUCACUUUCGAUGGGAACCCGAUUCUCUGUGACUGUAAUAUUCAAUACUUAUAUCAGGUGCUGAACGUCGGGGGCAAUAGUAUCAGUCACUUAACGGGCGGUAUAUUCGCGUCGAUGACAGGCCUCAGAAAACUAGUUCUCUGGCGGAACCGAAUCGUCAGUAUUAAUGAUAACGCGUUCGUCGGCUUAGAGCUGUUGGAAGAGCUAUACCUCAACGACAAUCACUUAACUCGCGUGCCAUCGAUAGCACUGCAGUCGCUGAAGAGGAUAAUCACGAUUAAUAUGGACUCCAAUCCGUUGGAACAGUUGUCUACCGGCGACUUCGUUCACAUCCCCGUCAAUCACAUUAGUGUCGCUAAUUGUAAGCAAUUAGUGCUCAUCGAUAAGGGAGCCUUUUGGGACUUACCUAAUGUCAACACAAUCCUAUUGCACUCCAACCCCAACCUCCAAUACAUCGACUCCCAGUCCUUCCUGGGGGUCCCACUCCUCCAUACUCUUCAGUUGCAUGAGUGCGGACUCAAGACUUUCCAACACGACAUUAUCGACUACGUCCACAAUGACCAACAGUUUCACAGCAAACACAAACUCAAAGUCACUUUCGAUGGGAACCCGAUUCUCUGUGACUGUAAUAUUCAAUACUUAUAUCAGAUCGUCACGAUUGGCAAAGCGAAUGUCACAAUACAUAAGAAAAUAGGUGACAGACAUGUCUUCCAGUGCAAGGCGUUGGGUCUUCCCGUUCCCAAAAUUAUAUGGAUUUUGCCAAACGGCGAUGUAUUGAACGACACGUCAAAUCAGAUCCACAUUCAGCUGAAAACACCGGGAAGUCUGCGAAUGUUUCACUUAAAGCCAAAGGACUCCGGAAUUUACAAAUGUAUGGCUGAGAACAGACACGGAAUCGCGUUGUCGUCGAUGGAAAUGCUGGUCAACGACAUUGAUCUGCAUUUGUUUGCGCUGAACGUGGCCUCAACAUCGGUGACCCUGGUGUGGAACGGUACGGCUCGCAACCUGUUCCCCGAGUACCAGAUACUGUACCACCGAAUCGACGGCAAUAACCUCAUGAAUAACACCACGAAAUACGAAACCGUCACUAUUCAGCACUUUCUGCGCUCCUAUACUAUCAAUAAUCUCAUACCUAAUCAUAAAUACAAGAUGUGUAUUGCCAUCCGGGAUGACGACAACGACAUCACCGCUAACCUCCAGCUAUCGUGUACUGUCGUGCAGACGGCACCGGCAUAUAUGGUGGGCUCCAUGUCAGGUAUACCCAGUAAUUACUUAUGUCACCCAAUACUAUACACAAUGCUUUAGCGAAAAUAACUGAGA